GUUUACUUUUCUGAUAUCAGCGUCGACUUGGGGCAUUGCUUGGAACCAUCGUGACAAUUAUUGGGCCUCGUUCAAACCUUCACCAUGUUUGCGGUUGCGUAUAGAAGGCAGUUCGGCGCACUAUGAUGAUGGGGAGGAGGGCGAGAGGGAUUCAGUUCAAAGCCACCUCACGGCACUUCCAACUGAAUUGCUUGUCCAUGUACUGAGUCUUCUAGACGGUCUCGAAACUGUAAGAUGUAAAAGGAUAUGCAGAUACCUCAAAUCCAUCAUCGACGAUAACGCGCUGCUGCAGUGCAAGAUCGAGCUCCAUGCAGCCGGAUAUGUUGACAUUCCGAAGCCGGGUCUAUCUGUGGCCGAUCGUUUGGAUGCGUUCCGCCGUUCGCAGCGAGCAUGGAGAAAUCCCAGACCUCGAUGUAUAGUGGCUGGCAGGCGCACAGAUAUUCCAUCAAACCCUCGAAGCAUGGUGAUAUUGUAUAACCAGGGCUUUCAUGUCGAUUGGCAAAGAGACCAUACAAGCACGGCUGACCAUGAAUUCACUUUAGAGAUAGUAGAUAUGUUGCCUGUCUUACAGUCUCUCCAACCCAAGUUUACUCCUGAACCAUUGAGCAUUCCUGCACAUGAAGGAUUGCAAUUCAUGCCGGAUAUGGAUCUUAUGUUGGUUGUCCAGUCUGCUAGAUUCUCUUUCUAACAUUAGAGGGAAAACCACAUUCUCUUGCAGCACAUAUAAGUUUCCAAUAUGAUUCAAUCAUAUAUUCACUGUAUGAUUGGGUUCAUGUAGCUGAAAGCCUCAUAGCACUUGUGCAGUCAGAUGGCCUUGGACUUUCUGUAUAUGACUGGAUAUUAGGAGAUGUGCUGGGGCCUAUAACAUUCUUAACACCAUUCACAAGUGUGGCUAUUGCUAGAGAAGGCUAUCUUUUUGUGACCACUUAAGUAUCUAAGCACAACUCAGCUGCUCUUCACCUUGUGGUCUUGCAGAGAGG